AAACAGUAUAUUUUUGGAAUGUUGCUGCUUAACGCAUAAACCUCCUCCUGUAAUGGUUGAACUCACCCAAUUCUCAACGAUAUAGAAACAUGGAUCCAAUCUGGCUUGCGUUUAAACAUCUUCUCUGGUUGGUAUUAUACGUGACAUUGGGAUUGUCAUUUGCGAUCGCGGUCGAAACUCUAAGAAGAAAAUUCAAUCACGAUCAUGUUGAAGCUCCUCCCGCCUUCGAAGAUCCAAAUUCGUUGACACCUGUCCCCUGUACGAGUAUCUCUGAUCCUGCUCAAAAGUAUAUGUCAUUGAUCAUUCCUGCUUACAAUGAAGAGAAUAGGCUUCCUACAGCUCUUGAUGAAAUGCUACAUUAUCUUCAGCGCCGCGCUGCUAAGGACAAGUCAUUUACAUAUGAGGUGAUUAUUGUUGAUGAUGGAAGUGCUGAUAGAACAAAAACUGUAGCUCUUAAAUUUGUGAAAGAGCACACUGUGGAAAAUGUUAGAAUUAUUCUGCUGGGAAAGAAUCAUGGGAAGGGGGAAGCCAUAAGAAAAGGAAUGCUUCACUCACGGGGUGAGCUACUUCUGAUGCUUGAUGCUGAUGGGGCAACAAACAUAGAUGAUCUAGAGAAGUUAGAGAAUCAGAUUCUUGCAGUUGUUAGUGAUUCAACUUUAAGAAUUUCAAAUGUCUCUGUUGCUGCAUUUGGCUCUCGAGCACAUCUUGAGGGGAAGGCUCUUGCAACGAGGAAGUGGUACCGGAAUUUCUUAAUGAAAGGUUUCCAUAUUGUAGUUCUCUUGGCUGCUGGACCGGGAAUCCGUGAUACCCAGUGCGGGUUCAAGAUGUUCACCAGAGCUGCUGCCAGGAAACUUUUCCCAAAUAUCCGUUUGAAAAGGUGGUGCUUUGAUGUUGAACUAGUGUAUAUCUGCAAACGGUUGGGUGUUCCCAUUGUUGAGGUAUGUGUGAAUUGGACUGAGAUUCCUGGGUCGAAGGUUAACCUUUUGAGCAUCCCCAAUAUGUUAUGGGAGUUGGCAAUCAUGUCAUUGGGUUAUAGAAGCGGCCAAUGGAAAAUCAACAUUUAAGGCUGUUUUCUAACUUUUUGGAGUUCACAGUUUAGAGAGGAUUCAAUGAUUUAUCACACCCUGGCCUAUCUGCAAGGCAGAUUGACUUAUUGGCUCCGGGGUGGGUGGGGGGGGGGGGAAGGGGUCCCAAACUAUGUGUUGUAACACAAUUACAGACAAUUGCUACAUUUCAGUAUAUGGUUCUUUUCUUUUCCUUUUCGUUUUCUUUUUUCUUUCUGAAUGACACUUGUAUCUGAUAAUAGUUGUAACGGUGAGAAACUGUGCUAACAGAGCAUUUGGCACCAAUAGCUUUAAGUAAGAUUUAUGAGCCAAAGUGCUAUUGAGUUGUAACUAAAUUACAAAACGGAGUAAUGAAUAACUCGAGGUUAAUCACAUUUCUUUGUUUUAUUG